AUGGAAUCGCAGAGUGAGCCCGUUCGCAGUGACGCGAGCCAAGGGCGAGGGGGCCAGACGAGCCAGCGUCGUGCUGAGUAUGUGGGGAGUAAACCUGACGAUCGUUGA